CACUGCCAAGAAAUCAAGAGCCUAACAAUAAGUAUCCUAUAUCAAUUGGCAAAGGCUUUAAAGAUGGAUGAAAAGGAAAUGAAAGAUCUGUUCACAGAUGGAUUAUUAUCCUCCUUGCCCCGAGCCAGACAAAACCAUUGACUUAAGUCCUCAUUCUGAUUCUGAUGCCCUCACCAUCCUUCUCCAGCUUAAUGAUACUGAAGGUCUCCAAGUUCGAAAAGACGGUAUUUGGGUUCCUAUAAAACCCCUCUCAAAUGCUUUGAUGGAGAUAGUGAGCAAUGGUGUUUAUAGGAGCAUUGAGCACAGAGCAGUUGUAAACUCAAACAAAGAGAGACUAACUCUUGCAACAUUCAAUAUCUUUAACCUCGACUCUGAGUUAGGUCCUGCACACAGCCUCAUUGGACCACAUAAUCCUACAAAAUUCCGAAGUGUUCGUGUGGAUAAAUUUUUGCAGGAAUUUUUUGCACGAAAACUUGAUGGAAAAUUGUUCAUUGAUUGCAUGAGGUUAGAGACGAAGGAUGACGAAUCCUAGGUCGCAUUUGAUAUUCUACUUGGUUUAUUAGCUUAUCAAUAGCACAUGAACUUUUUAAUAAAUUACACUUCCAGCUUGUUUUGAUGGUUGUUACCCCUUGUAUUGUAUUGUAUUGUAUUAAACUAUAUUAUACUUAGGGGCGGAAGCACAAGCCGAAUUACGGGUUCUGCUGAAUCAAGUAGCUUUUGCUCAAACAAUGUAUUUGGUGUUUAAAAUUCAUCAAAUAUGUAGAGAUAUUAAAUUUAGAACCCAUUAACUAACAC